AUGGCCACAAGGAGCGUCCUCUUGGCCCUCGUGGUCCUUAACUUACUCUUCUAUGUUCCACCAGGUAGAAGUGGACCCAAUGUCUACAUACAAAAAAUCUUUGCUUCAUGUUGGCGACUGCAAGGUACUUGCCGGCCAAAAUGUCUAAAAAACGCAAUAUCAUAUUUUGUGAUACUAUACAUUUGCUGUGUAAACCCAAAAUAUUUACCUAUACUGACUGGGAAAUAG